AUGGCUUCUCGAUCCAAAACAAAGACUACGAGACCCGUCCUCAUCAUUGCUAUCGACCCAGGAACAAGCACACUGUCCGCACGCUACGCUAUUGCUUACGACAGCUUCAAUGAUCAAGGCCAGCUCGAACGCGAGGUCAUUCAAGAGAGUCUUGUUGACAACUGGCCCAGCUCUAGCAGUCCUGGAGCUAUCUACCUUCCUACCACCCUGGUCUUCAGUAAAGUGUCGAAAGAGCUAUUACACUGGGGCUUUGCCGCCCAAACAUAUUUGGAAGAGGAAGAAACGGUCAUGAAUCGACUUGAGGAGGUCGUGAUCGAGAAUGUCAAGAUUGUGUUGCAGCAGCCAGAAGAUGCAACGGAGCUGGACCGCGUCAGUUCGCUUCCACGUCACAGGGAAACAAGAAAUCUGAUCACACAAGUCCUCGGCAAGACUCCCGACGAUAUUUUUGAAGAGUUCUUGACAGUAACAUUAUCUCACAUAUUUGAAAGGGCGAUCCUUGAACAUGCGGCGCGCUCGUUUUUCUCACAGUCAAUACACGUCGAGUUUGUAAUAUGCUUUCCGGGAGGUUGGAGCGGUGCUUUACAUACAAGAGUCGCCAAGCUUGCUGCCAACGCUAUGCAAAAGUCAAUGGAGAAGUGCCAAGUACGAGUUGAUAAUUUCGGUCUCCAGGAUGUUUAUACGGUUUCAGAAACUUUAUCGGGAAUACGAGAGUGGUUGUAUAAGCUGUUUCCAAAGAUGACCGAGACCUAUGCACCAGAGGUCACUGUUACUGCUUUCAACGCCAAAGCCAUCUGUGAGAACGAUAUCAUUUUGGCCGUUGAUAUUGGUGCAGGAACUGCAUGCAUCACCACUCUUCGCCUUAUAGCCACCAAUCCGCUGAGGGUAGACCAGCUGGGUGGGACACUAUCUCUUCCAAUUUCCGGCGAUGCGGUUGAUGGUCUUUUUGAACAGUGGCUCAGCGAGAACGUCACAGAGGAUGACUUAUCUAGCGAUUUCACAGGCAACCUUUCAUGGACUAUAAAAGAUCUUGUCCGCGCCUUCAGAAGCAAGAAGGUUUCUGUAGGAGAAGAGACCGGUCGCCCUUGGAAAACCUGGAGGAAAAGCAUCACGGGUCUCAAAGCCAAUCCUGAAAAGGGCUUCUUGAAGGAUAUCUUGAUUGUUCAUCGAAUGAUAUUCGAACAAUGUUUUGACCCAGUUGUCGCGUUAAUUGAGAAAGAAGUCGAGAAGAAGCUUUCCCUUGGUGUGAAAGCAGUGAUUUUUCAAGGGCAAUUUGGCGGUGGCUCCCAAUAUCUGCGAAAAAGGUUGCAAGCCGGUCCACUCAAGAGUCGGGUCAGAAUAUUCCAUAGUCCGCGCGGCAAAGAGGAUGUUGUUCUGGGGGCGAUGAGCCAGCGUGCUAAGCUGCAGGAAAAGUUUAUCAGGAAUUCUGUAGCCCUAAAAAGUUACGGAAUUUUGCUGGCUAUGACAGAAAAAAACACUCGAACAUUAUUUGGUGACAAGAAUGUGGAUGAAUUUGGAAUUUUGGAAGUUCAGGAUACUGGAAGAUACUUUUUGGUCAUUGAUUGGGUAGUUCCUUCGGGAAGUACAAUUACAGACUCGGUUUUUGAUCGGGGCCCUGACGCGGAAAGGCUGUCUUCGUGGAAAGCGAAGGACGACAUAGAGAUACUAGAUGUCAUGGUCGUAUCCGAAGAAACGCUUCCAGCACCAACAGACGAUCCAGAAAGUUGUACCGGAAAUCAAACCAAAAAGCAAUUUACAUUGUGGACUAAGGAUCACGACCAGAACAAGCUAUUUGAUCAACGUGGACAUAAGGUAGAAGUUCAGCAGCUGCCGUUCAAGUGGGAUCUCGGAAUGUCACAAAAGAUUGACAAAAACGGCGUUGAACAAGGUCCAUACGUUGUUAGUGACAUGAAACGGGAAUACUUCCCGCGAUGGCACGGCGGUCGCGCGAAAAGACGUCUGCAUUACGUCUUGCCACAUGAUCUUAUUUGGGAAAUUACCGAGGUUCAACUUAAAAUUAGUUAUCGACCGAAAUUUCAUUACUCCAUAGGUCAACCUACAACACAACUUGGGGUGCAAGUUUCGGCCAGUUCGAACCUUUUCUCGAUGUCAUUACCAUCCAAGGAAUCUCGAUCUGUAGCAUUGGACAAAGAUAUUGAGUUUACCGAAAAAGCUCGACCUCUGGCAUACAGCCUACAAGAACCAACUUUUUCGAAGCCAACAACAUCUGCUCUUGUUCCAAGAACCAACCCAUUCCAUGAAGAGUUUCAUAUUGAUCAUCCACCUAUUGAUUUGUCGUAUUCUGGUAAGACAAUCAGCACACAAACGCGGCCACAACAAGAUUUUUCCGUUUCUACACCUGGCUGUUCUCAAAUCCUCAGCACAUCUCCUGCGCUUACGCUGCUGUCUGAGACAAUCAUGGAAGAAUGUGAGACAUGUGCACGACGGUUACUAGUAAAAUGUGAUAUGGCUUACACGCAAACUAAUUGGCCAGGAGAAAAAAGCUGCCAAAAUUGUUUAUACCGUGGAAUAGAUUGUCUCAACUCCACCACAGUCGCUCGACUUACGGAAACCACCAUCACGGUUGAUAACAGAAGCAGCGACAAGCAGCAGGAAUAUUUGCGCAGCAAGCGCAAAGGCGCUUGUUUGGAACCAGAAAAGCGACAGGCGGCAAAAAGAGUCCGGCGAGCUAAGAAGGCAUUCACGUACGAGUAG